GGCGCUUCAGCCUUACUUCCUGCAAACACGGCUGUUUGCCAUGCCUUGGCCUGCCCCCCCCCCCUCCUAAGCUACGCGUAGUCCAAUGGCCUCACAAAACUCUGACGAUGAUACCUCCUCUGACAAUCCCUCAGCUGACAGUCCAAGCCGUUACAUUCCGACCGAUACAAGUUGUCAAACGGCAUCACUACGGACUCUUCAAAACCAAGGUAAUAUUCCCAAACCUGUGCAGAUUAAUUGGUCCAAUCCAAGAACAGAUCGAUUGGUAGACUGGCUUGAGAAACAUCCUAAACGUAGAUAUGUUUUAUUUUCAGAUUCUACUGCAGUCGCCAAAGAAGAGAAUCGGGAUGCCUCAAGAUCUACUAAACAUACAAAGGCCUCUUUACAUAGAAGGAUUGCUAGACACAUUUUCAAGAAUGAUUCCAAUGUGAACUUGCGUAUCGCGAUUGAUCACCAUCACCAACAAUUUGGAUCCACUGGUAGUGGCCUUGUGGCGGGGGAUCCGUCCGAUGCCCUGUACGACAGUCCGAUCGAACCAGUUCGUGCUAAAUUCUCGUGGUGGGACCGCCUCAGCACCUUCUGGCGUGCAUUGCCGAAGUAUAAUGCGAAGCCGGCAACAUCAGCGCAUGGUCAGGAUCUCUUGGGGAAGGCUAUGGCGAUUCUGUUUCCAAUGAGGGGUGACAAUGAAGCUUUCCAGCGCGGCAUGAACUCACAUUUCCAGGGCGGCGGGUGGGAUUUGGUCGAACACGAGCAGGAUGGCGGUGACGGCAGCAGCUAUCAGCAGCAGCCGUCCCAGCACCAGGCACCGUACCAGCCGUCUCAGCAGCAGCAGCAGCCGUACCAGCCGUACCAGCAGCAGCACCAGCAGCAGCAGCCGUAUCAGCAACAGCAGGCGGCUGUGUACGCGAAGUAUGGCAAUCCCUCCCAGAAAAUAUAGUGAAAGCAAAGUAGGCUAUGCACAGUAUAUAGCUGUGC